CACGGCAGCGCCGCUCAGCCCAACCAGGGAGGCGAGGCCAGCCUCGGCGGCUUCUGGUAGGCCCAACUGGGCAGAGGCGGGAAACUACGGCCAACAGCUUGCUCGAUGGCCGACUCGCGGAGACACUGAGCAGCGCCCGUGUCCGCCGCCGCCAUGGGCCGCGCUGCCUUGGGGUCGUAACCGUCACAGGGAGGUGAAUGGAGAAAAUGUGACUUCCCAGGAAAAUGAAACCGAGUGGUUUGAAAAGCAGCAGCAAAGGACAGUUCCCCUGUGAUAUGCAAGGAAGAACAGAAAGAAGCAGACCUCCCUUGAAAACUGUGAAGAAAGAAUCUACAAAGUCAGAUAAAUUAAAAUACAAACCACUUACUGGGAAGGUGUUUUACCUUGAUAUUCCAUCUAAUGUCCUCUCUGAGAAAAUAGCAAAAGAUCUUAAGGAAUUGGGAGGGAGAGUUGAAGGAUUUCUGAGCAAAGAUAUUAGCUAUCUGAUCUCUAAUAAAAAGGAAGCAAAAUUUGCUCAGACUCUUGGACAAGCUUCUCCAGUUCCAAGCCCAGAAUCUAUAUAUAAUGGAGGAAACAGUUCACCUCAUCCAAGCAGCAGAAGAGAUAGGCAUGAUGGAAGUUCAUUUAAGAUGGUGGACACAGUGCGCAUGAGUAGAGGAAAAUCCUUAGUUGAAAAAGCAAUAAAAGAACAGGAAUUAAUCCCUUCAGGUAGUAUACUAUCAAAUGCCUUGAGUUGGGGAGUGAAAAUACUUCACGUCGAUGAUAUUAAGAAUUAUAUUGAUCAGAAGAAAAACCAUCUUUCUCUGAUAAAGAAAUCAAGCACAGAAAUAAAAAAUGUGGAGAAGGAUUCAACUGAUCAGAAAACAAAAAGCAGACUGAAAAAUCCUUUUCUGAAGGUAGAGGAUAGAAAGUGCCACUACAGACCAUUUUACUUGCAACUAUCCAGCUUUCCUGUUAUCAACUAUUCUAAUCCACGACCUUGCAGUCCAUUUGAUGUAGAAAAGAAGAAUGCUAAUGGCCAGAAGCAAAUUCAGAAUAAACAAAGAAACCCAGCAAAUACUGACAAAGAAAAGGGCCCAGUUCAGGUUCCUGUGAAACAUAAGAAGAGAAAGGGCUAUUGUGAAUGUUGUCUGAAGAAGUAUGAUGACCUUCAAGCUCAUGUUGAAAGUGAACAACAUCAGAAGUUUGCACAGAGUUCUCACUAUCAAGUUGUGGAUGACAUCAUUUCCAAGUUUCCUUGUGACUUUUUAGAGUUAAGAGAGAAUACACCAAAAAUUAAAAGGCGAAAAUGUAGUGUCGGACAAUUUGCUCCUCUUAUUGGAACAAAAACGGAAGACCUGAAAGAACGGCUGAAGAGGCAAGAUAUUCCACGGAGGUGGUAUUCUGGGAAAAGUGUUACAGUGCAGAUACUGAAAGAAGUUCCUCAACACAUAGAAAAAUCUGUACACAUAAAUUCUACCUCUGAACCUUCAUGUUCUGCUUAUUCUUAUCAUACCAUAUGUUCUUCGGAAGCAUCAAGAAAAGCGAGUGGGAAUACCGAAAGCGGUAAAAUGCCAAAAGCUUCAAACUUAACAGAGAUUGCUUUAUCAACAAACUUGGUACAACUACCUCUCCAGAAAGAAAGUAAAGUGUGUAUGAAAAACUUGCCUGAAAUUUAUGACCAUUAUGAGCCUCGAUCAAGACAGAAUUUACAAGGGUUGUCAACAAACUUAAAUUCGCUACAUAAUCUGAAAAUCACUGAGUUUAGCAACACAUCAAAGCCGAAACGAAAAUUGAACAAUGCGGUUCUUCUGCCAGCAAAAUGUUUAAAAAAGGUAGACACUCAUUCAGCAGUUGACCUUAGUGUGGGAAGCAAUUUUCCAAGGGAACUUUUGGUUCUUCUAGAGACAGAAAAGCCAUCAUAUAGUCCUGAAAACAAGGAGCCCAGUGAGUUGACAGACAUUAGUAUACAAAGCUCACCUUCUAUAAAACUCAGCAGAAAAGUCAUACAUUCUAUAGGAAGGAAUAAAAAAGGAAACCAGAAACAAAACAUGGAGUUACUCUUACAGCAGACUGAUCCUCCUGUUCCAGAAGAAACAAAAAAUGUACAAAGCUCAUCAACACAAGCACUAUUGCAGUUAUUUCAGACCAGUGAGGCAAAUUCUGAUUUUGGGGGGUUUUCGAGUGUACAAGAGAACAAAGACUCAAGUUUAAUGAAAGAUACUUGGGAGGACCAGCAUACAGAUGCUCUGUUGUCUUUGUUUUCUACAUCUGCCUCUUCGUCUCCAUUUAUUGGAUUUUAAUGCUGCUUUAUUUAAAACAAUGAGUUUUGAAUAAACGUGCCAACUGAAA